AUGUUUGUUCGAUUCCAAUAUUUGCAACGUGUCUGCUGUUUAUUUGUGACUGAUUUAAAUGUCCCGGAAAUUGUUGAUUUUCGCGAUAAUGUCACACUUUCGUGCAGCUAUGAAAUGAGUGGCCAUACAUUGAACUCUGUCAAAUGGUACAAGGACAAAAUGGAAUUUUUCAGAUACUCGCCGAUGAUGCAUCCGGUCUAUAUAAAAUUCCCUGUAACUGGCGUCCAUUUGCCCGAUGGCAAAUACUAUUGUAAUGAGUCAUCGUGCAAGGUGGAACUGAGCAUGCUGAGCGCCAAGUCAUCGGGUGUGUACAAAUGCGAGGUGUCGGGGGAUGCACCACAUUUCCAGUUGGCUGCCAAAGAAGAUAAUAUGACAGUGGCAGCACUACCACAGAGUGAUCCACUAAUAGAAAGCUUUAAUCCCAUGUACCGUAUGGAGGAUUUUCUAAGUGCCACAUGUACCUCUGAUUAUUCUAGUGUGCCCACACGGUUGACCUGGUACAUUAAUGGCGAACAGGCAUCCCUUGGUGAACAACAGCCAAAUGUGGACACCAGUAUAUCCGCCCAUGGUUAUAUCCUGAGACGCAUAAAACUACAGGUGCAUUUCUAUUUAAGUGGUCCCCGAUUCUUUCAUGCUGGCAAAAUACUGAAUCUUAAAUGUGUUGCGGAAAUUGAGAAUUUUCCCGAACUCACCCGUGAAACUUCACUGAAUGCUGUUCUAAUUCCCUAUGACAAUUUAAACAAUCAAAUGUUAAUUCAUGCCGGAUCAAGUGCGACCACAAAUAGCCCCGUGCCAGUGACCCGCACAUUGCUCACCGUUGUUGUGGCCACUGUGGUGAUAUUCUCAACAGUUGUUGGCUUCAACAAGUUAUGAUCUACUGAAAUUGCGAUGGCAUUUAUUUAAAUUAUGAAUUAUUAAAUGUAAGCGGAAAGUGGAAGCUGUAUUAGAGAAAAACAAAACAAAACUACGAAUAUAAGCGAAGAUAGGCGUUAAAUGAAGAUCUGUGAGCAGUAAUCCCCACAGGAAUAAAAGCACGAGGAAAAGUUUGCAGACGAAGUUACUAUAUCAUAUUAGUUAGUCUAUAAAACAAAAAGUGAAAAAUAAAACAAAACAGGACAGAAUAGAAUAGAACGACAGGAAGCCAAAGAAAGGUAAAGUCAAGCAAAACAAAAAAAUUAAAUGCAUAAAAAACAAGACCCUGUUCUUUUUGGUUGUAUUCUUUGUUUUCAUUCGUCAUUAUUUAUUAAAUACUAUUUUUAUAUGUAUUAUUCCUUUUGUAUAUAUGUACAUCAUCGAAUAUUAAAUAACAUGAAAUUACACAUAACGACGACUACGACGACGACGAACUCAGCUCAAGGAAUGAAAUGUGCAAUGUGGUCUGAAGUGAGGUGGAGAGAACUCCUCCGAACGAGUGUGAUUGAAUGUGAGUGUUUGUAUGUAUGUGCAACGAACAAAUGCGAUGCUAUCAGAACAAUAAUGGUCUCGAUUACAAUUCUCUUUAAGUAGAUUAAAAAUGAAAAUGAGUACCGGAAAAAUUUCAAAGAAGUGCAUUUUUUGUAAAAGGUUGUCUGCCCGCCUGCUAGCCACCCCAAUUGAUAAAAUAUUUCUGUGAAAGUUUGAUGUAGUAAUUUUUACUGUUUGUAUAUGUUUUUAAGUGUUGCGCUGGUGUCUGUCAGAUUGUGAGCAUUUUCAACAACUAUCGGAUUUUACCAGUUAUGUAUGUAUGUAAAUUAAUUUCAGCAUGUGAGACCUUGACCAAUCGAUUAAUCCAAUCAACAUAUAUAUGGGAACUAUCUUAGGAGGGGGCAACGGUAAUCGUUUGAAAAAACGUAUAAAGGUUACAAGUUUGUAUUUAUCUUUGCGGUUGUUAGAUGAGUCUAACCCUAGAAAUUCUUUAUGAUUCAAUUGAUUUUUUUGUUGCACAGAUUACACCAUCAACAAAUAUGUAUUUUUUA